AUGGCAAGCAGCGAACGUAAGUCGGCUGAGGCCGACCGGAAGCUGGAAAGCGGGACUGCCAAGAGUCCUCCGGAACCUGCGAGCGGCUCCGGUAGUCUUGGUGGUCUGCAUCCGGCAUUCUUCAUCGCUCUUUGGAUCGCGCUUAGCUCGAGUGUUAUCAUCUUCAACAAAUGGAUCUUGUCCACAGCAAAGUUCGAAUACCCGCUAUUUCUUACAACAUGGCACCAAGUCUUUGCCACGAUCAUGACCCAGCUCAUGGCUCGCUUCACCAAGAUUCUCGACUCGAGACAUAAUGUUCCAAUGACACCACAUACAUAUGGGCGCGCAAUAGUGCCCAUCGGUGUCAUGUUCAGCUUGAGUCUUGUCUGUGGUAACCUGGCGUACCUGACUCUCAGCGUUUCUUUCAUCCAAAUGCUCAAGGCCACCACCGCUGUGGCUACCUUGCUUGCUACAUGGGCGUUCCGAAUCGCGCCCCCCAACGUCAAGGUCCUCGGGAAUGUCACCGUUAUCGUCUUGGGUGUGGUCAUUGCGUCCUUCGGCGAGAUCAAGUUCGUCAUGAGCGGCUUCGUCUUCCAAGUCGGCGGUGUCGUAUUCGAGGCAUUGCGUCUCGUCUUGGUCCAGCGCCUCCUGAGCUCGGGUGAUUUCAAGAUGGACCCACUGGUAUCCCUGUAUUACUUCGCUCCUGCGUGUGCAGUGACGAAUGGCCUCUUCACCGCGCUCGUCGAGCUGCCUCGCUUGACCAUGCAAGACAUCUACAACCUUGGACCGAUGAUUCUCUUUGCCAAUGCCUUCGUGGCCUUCCUGCUCAAUGUUUCUGGAGUUCUCCUGAUCGGCAAAACCUCUGCCGUCGUCCUUACCAUGUCCGGCGUUCUGAAGGAUGUGCUGCUGGUCUUCGCAUCCAUGAUUAUUUUCGGGGACCCUGUUACCGGCCAGCAAUUCUUCGGCUACUCCAUCGCUCUCGCCGGACUGGUAUACUACAAACUCGGUGCGGAAAAGCUCCAUGCUCUGGCCAAGGACACGCAGCUGCAAAUCACCCAGUACCGCCAGAGCAACCCGGCGAGGGUGAAGCUCGCGGGCGCAGCUGCUAUUUUUGUGGUCGUCUUCUUCAUCGUGUGGGCGUGGGGCCCAGCGUCUACCAGCCAGUAUACCGAGUACGUGAAGGCUCGCGCUGGGUACGGAGGUUAG